AUGCCCGUCGACUUCGGCUCGAUAAUGUCAACACCUUUCCCAUCAUUCAUGUCAGUGGUUGGGGACGGAAACAACUCUCUCCCAAAGGACAUGGAAGAGCUGCCCACCCUCGAUACAAUCAACAGUGAAACCCAAAUUCUCGUCACAGACGCAAAGCCAAUCUCACAACCUCUCGAUCAAUCCGCUCAAUCUUUACACCACCGUGACAGUGUCACUUCCAUGACUUCGGCUUCUACCGAGUCCUCUCCCACCACAACAAACUCCACCUUUGAUUCGCCCUUGAUCAUGGACGCUUCCCCCUCCUCUUCCCCAGAGUCUGCAACUUCCAACUUGCCAACAUCUCCAUUCAAAUCCAUCAUGCCCCAACAUACACACAACCCCCCAAAAGACUACCACCACCAGACCUUUGUUCGCUCCGAGGUUCCUUCGAUGCCCCCACCACGGCUUCCCCCUCCACUUGAUGCCACUAAGAACGUCAAGAAUCUGUCAUUGAAUGUCAGUCCCAUCCUCCUACAACGCCCAGCUACUGCACAUGGCUUCGAGGGUUCACAUGCCUUUUCGGCGCCUACUUCGCCCAUGAAAGACACCCCUCGAACUGGAAGGCGGAAACCUAACAAUCUAACCAUAAGAACUCCUGGCUUCCAACAACUAUCCUUCCCUCGUGUUGGUUUGGAUGUUCCACCCACUCCCAGCUCAAGACCCUCAUUACACCAUAUGGCAUCAUCUCCUGCCCUGGCAUCGCUUGGUUCUCCUACCAAAGCUCCUCAGGGUUUGUUCUUACAUCUCCCUUCAAGUGGAAGCAUUCACUCGGGUUCUACAUCAGGUCCCAACUCGGAUUCUAGUUCUUCUAGUCAGCCACUUAACAUCAGCCUACCCGAUCUACGAGAGGAGGACGAAAUGAAUGGACUGAAAUCUCAGGAAACACAAGAGAAAGGAUAUCCCAAUGGUCCCGUAUUGAUCUACGAUGAAGGAGUCUAUCUAUUCUUAGAACCCACGGCCGAUGAAGCAAGUCAGUUUGACACGGUGAUCAACGUGGCCAAGGAAAUCAAGUGCCCGUUUCCGACACCUCCAUCGAAACCCGAAAUCACAGAACCUCAGACGGCCAUCUCUGAAAUGUCAUUCAAGUCUGCCUGGGAGUGGCCACGGCCUAGUGAAAUGCAGACCCCGACCACUCCCCGACCUUCAUCAUUUUAUCAGCCAAAGAGUCCGGAAUAUUUGCAUGUACCGUGGGACCAUAACUCGGAAAUUCUGGAUGAUUUGUAUUGUUUAUGUCGAUUGAUUGAUGAAAGGAUCCAGGCCGGUAAGAAGGUGCUCAUUCACUGUCAGCUCGGCGUCAGUCGUUCAGCAUCACUUGUCAUCGCAUACGGUCUGUACAAGGGUUACCAAUCCGAUUUCCACUCCAUGUACAUGACUGUGAAAAAGCGCAGCCAAUGGGUGGGACCGAAUAUGAGUCUGAUUUACCAACUUACCGACUUCCGCUCAAAGGUAGUCAAAGGGGUUUAUGGUGACCUCAGUUACAAUCCAAACCCUGCUUGGUGGGAAACGCGAGCAGCCAACCCGUUCUCGAACGCCGACACCCCCGUGGCAAAAACAUCUAGUUGGCAAACACCCCAGGCAAACGAAUAUGCUACACAGGAGAAUUCAAAGACUCCCGUGGCACAGAGCAGGAUCUUGACCCCUGCAACUGUGAAGCCAACUCCAGCGUUGAAGUUGAACAAGGCUCUACCACCCGUUCCAUUAUUUCCGAAGGAAGCACCAGUGGCGACUCCCGUGAAGCUCAGUCAGAUUUUGCACAGCAUUGGAACACCUAGUCCACCUCAUCAACCGGCAGCGGACGAGAGUAUGAAGCCAGCCCUUCAGCCAGCGUCGCCACGCCCUCUGCCAUUCAGGGAGCAAUUUGAGGAGAAGAUGUCAUAUCAAAUGGCACAACCGGCAGCUAAAACCCCUAAAUUAGGUUUGAGGAUUGACUCCCCGAGGAUGGAUCUGGCCAUGCAAGAUGUGCCUGACACACCAUCUCUCUUGUCACCACGAGCCAGUGAAUUUAUGGCAUCACCUUUUGGUAUUACCGUGGCAGGCGAUGUGUCGACAGUUCCUACUCGAACCAAAACAUUGAAGCCUUCAAAGAGUUUCGUCAUGCCUCGACAUCAGGUGAUCCUCCCCCCUGCACACAUGAAUCCUUCGGGAGAACGGAUCCUUGCACCAUUCGAUCCACGAAGUCCACAUCAGCAUGGAGAAACGGCAGAGAUCUUGCGACACAUUGAUGACUUUUUGUGA